AUGUUACCAGGCUGGCUCAACACGUCAACACUUAUAUAUGGGCCGUUGGGUGAUGAUGUAGUAACGCACUCGCCUUUCACCGUCCGGGGUUCGAUUUCUGGAAUGGACGAGAAAGAUUGCCCGGAGUUGAUCAAAGCAGAUGAACAAGGUCCUGUGUUGAUAGAAGCAAAUGAACAAGGUCCUGUGUUGAUAGCAGCAGAUGAACAAGGUCCUGUGUUGAUAGAAGUAGAUGAACAAGGUCCUGUGUUGAUAGAAGUAGAUGAACAAGGUCCUGUGUUGAUAGAAGCAGAUGAACAAGGUCCUGUGUUGAUAACAGUAGAUGAACAAGGUCCUGUGUUGAUAGAAGCAGAUGAACAAGGCCCUGUGUUGAUAGAAGCAGAUGAACAAGGUCCUGUGUUGAUAGCAGCAGAUGAACAAGGUCCUGUGUUGAUAGAAGCAGAUGAACAAGGUCCUGUGUUGAUAGAAGCAGAUGAACAAGGUCCUGUGUUGAUAACAGUAGAUGAACAAUUCCCUGUGGUGAUUGAAACAGGUGAACAAUUCCCUGUGGUGAUUGAAACAGAUGAACAAUUCCCUGUGGUGAUUGAAACAGAUGAACAAUUCCCUGUGGUGAUUGAAACAGAUGAACAAUUCCCCGUGGUGAUUGAAACAGAUGAACAAUUCCCCGUGGUGAUUGAAACAGAUGAACAAUUCCCCGUGGUGAUUGAAACAGAUGAACAAUUCCCCGUGGUGAUUGAAACAGAUGAACAAUUCCCCGUGGUGAUUGAAACAGAUGAACAAUUCCCCGUGGUGAUUGAAACAGAUGAACAAUUCCCCGUGGUGAUUGAAACAGAUGAACAAUUCCCUGUGGUGAUUGAAACAGAUGAACAAGGUCCUGCAUUUAGAGAAACAGAGGAAGAGACUUGA